UCAACAGCGGCACGGAAGGCAUUCCAGGUUGCACAUCGGUGUGACCUAACAAAGGAGAGUUUUAUAAGAAAAACCUCCAGUUUCCUUUACCUAACGCCGUGCGUCUUAAAAGAUGACCAGUUGUCCGACAUGUCUCCAGCAGCAGGACGAGUUUUCACCGGUCUGAGACGCGUUGCUUCCAGUCGAGGGAUUUUUAUUCACGACGCCACUUCGACCGUGAGCAGCCUGAACAGUGUGCGGCCCCUGGCUCUAAGCUCUCAGAUGUCAGCUAAAUCCACAGAUGACCGCGAAGAGGUUAACAAUGAGCCCAUCAAGUUCUCCACCAGUAAAGCCAGUCACAGAACCUGGAAAGUUGAGCGCUCCUUGGGGAGCCAGUUUGAGCGGCCCUGGUGGAAGGUCCUCCCCAUCAGCCUGUUGGCCUCUGGCUUCCUUCUGUGGUGUGCACUAAGAAACGAGACUGACAUUGAUGCAAAGCUGAACAAGGGCCUGUAUGAGCACUUACCCGGCUUGCUUUCAGAUGAAGGGGAGCAAAAUAAAUAAAGUUGACAAAUGUGGGACUUCAGAUGUACAUAUUUCUGGCUGUAUUUAUUUUCAGAUGUGUCUGUAGCACAAACUAAUUGCUCUGAAGGUGUAACAGUGAAGCCAAGUUAUUCCAGCAAAAAUGAAAUCUUGACCAUACAUGCCUUUUGUCAAGUUUUAAUUGAUCACAACAGAUUAAAAUGCUUUGAGCCACUGAA